ACUAGAUUCUACUGAUUCCGUCUCCGAGAUGUAUCACCAGCUCUCAUAUCUUGUGGCUCCUUUCACGUGCUCGCCUAGGUCUACUUCCGGCCCCAAGUCAUCCCCGGCUUGGCCGGCCUCCAGUUCUGGCCAGCUUGCUACAUGCCAACUGGGCGAUUUGGCCACCGUAUACUCGGUAAAUCUGGAUGCCCGAAUGGGUCGUGAGCAUCUUGGUGAACUUGUAUCCAGAUGCGGUUGGCCCCGUUUAGCGCUUGUAGUGCCCGAAGAGGCUGCAGAUGGUGCUGAUGGAUUAAGGCUGCCAAUUCACUCGGCUUCCAAUGGCGCAUCUGCUGCCUUGUUCUCAGCCUACUCAUUGUCCGCAGGUCAGAAGUUCAGUCUUGGUUUGCCUGGUCGACGCUUGCAUCCAGUAAAUGUGUCUCCUCUACUUGCAUCUUGUCUUGCCCCGGUUCGCAUUAUCACUGGACUUGAGAAUGGAGACAAGGUUUGUAGAUGGCUAGCAUCUUGUCUUGCAAACAAGUCUUUGGGGAUAUUAAUUGGUAUAAAUGAAGAUCAAAUUUUUUAUGAAGUAUCAUACUGCUAUUUUACACUAUGGCUAACUAGAAAAUAUGGAUUGCCAAUAGGAAUUUUUUACAGACAUUGA